AUGGCGAAGCUUGUACAGCCCCCUCCUCGUUUUACCCACCCUGAAUGGACAACUUCUAACCUCACAAAGUAUGCCAAUGCUGAGGGUGAGAGAGCAGCUGCAGAGAGACUAGUGGAAGAAUCCAAACGCCUGUCAGAUGAAACUGAGAAGAGGACAGAGAAAACACAGAGAGAUGUCAACAAAAAAUUUGAACAAAGAUUGGAGGAUAUCAAAUACUGGAAGCAGGAACUAGAUGAUAAAUUAAAUGCGAUAACAACAGAGAUAGAUAACUUAUUGGCAUUCAAGACAAGAGUAGAGAAAGCUUUAGAGGCCACAGCUGAACCAUUACAUAUUGCUCGUCAGUGUCUGGGAAAUAGAGAGAAAAGGGUGUCUAUUGAUCUAGUCCAUGAUGACGUACAAAAGCAGUUGAUGAAGGAGGUGGAAUCAAUUGAAGGAGUGCAGGCCCUACUGCAAAGAACCCUCGAACAGGCCACCGAACAGAUCAGACUGAACCGUAAAGCUAAGUACCAACUGGAGAAGGAUUUGAAGGACAAGUUCUCAGCUGUCUCUAUAGAUGAGUAUUGUGGCAACCUCAGGAACAACUCCGCUGGACUUGGAUUCAAGGCCGGAGCUGCCAAGAUUGAAGCCAAUUCUGUGUGCCCUGAGGAUUGGCGAGACUUCUCCAAUGAUAACAUUCUGAAAGCAGAACGUGAACGUCAAAGCUCGGUAGAUCUUCGAUCACUCAUCGAUGGAAUUCUCCAACAAACAUCCAAUGACAUGCGCAAACAGUGUGCUGAUGUCAAUCUGGCCUUCGACAAGCGUAUCUGCGAGACCAAAGAUGCCAAGAACAAACUUGAGGACCAUCUCAACCAUGUGCUCGCUCAAAUUAAUGAGAUUGAGGAGAACAUCUCACGACUGCAAAAAUCUAUCCAGGAUAAGUCCCAGCCCAUGCAGCUGGCCCAAACCCGACUGGACACAAGGACAAACCGUCCUAAUGUGGAACUGUGUCGGGACCCAGUACAGUAUAGGCUCAUUGAGGAAGUCGGAGAAAUUGAGAGCUCUGUCGCUCAACUACAGGAACGCCUUCGCCAAACUGAAGACUCUCUCAAAGGACUUAUUCGCAAUCAGCUGUCAUUGGAAGAGGAUAUUAGUGUCAAGUCCAACACACUGUUUAUUGACGAGGUGGAGUGUAUGGGCAUGAGGAAGAGCAUCAACAUCCAAAACUUCUAAAAAGAAGAAGAACUCAAAAGUCUUAAUAAAUAAUGGGAUAAAAUGACUGACAGAUGUACAGAAAGUUCAAACCAAAUUGUGUAGCAGGUGGAAAAAUAUUUAAAAUGUGAUAUGGUGACAUUUGUAAAACCUUAAAGAAAAAGUUUUAUGCAAUAGUGGAAAUGUACACCAAUGGAUAAA